AUGACAGCUGCUAACCCUAAAAACGACAUCAAAACUGUCCUUGUCAUAGGUUCCGGUGGUCUAUCCAUCGGUCAGGCUGGUGAAUUCGAUUACAGCGGUUCUCAAGCCAUUAAAGCUCUGAAAGAAUCAUCCAUAAAGACAAUUUUGAUCAACCCAAAUAUCGCUACAAAUCAAACUUCUCAUUCUUUAGCUGAUAAAAUUUAUUUCUUACCAAUAAAGAUUAACUAUUUAAUCGACAUCAUCGAGAAGGAAAGACCAGAUGGUGUACUGCUCACUUUCGGUGGUCAAACUGCAUUAAACGCGGGCAUCAAAUUAGAUGAAAUGGGUAUCUUUAAGAAAUAUAAUAUUAAAGUCUUAGGUACACCAAUUCAAACUCUAAUUACUACAGAAGAUAGAGAACUCUUUGCAAACGCUUUGAAUGAAAUUGAUAUCCCAAUUGCAAAAUCAAUUGCUUGUAAUAAUUUAGAAGAAGCAAUGGACGCGAUUGAGGUAAUUAAAUUUCCUGUCAUCAUUAGAUCAGCUUUCGCUUUAGGUGGCUUGGGUUCUGGUUUUGCUAAUGACAUGGACGAAUUCAAACAAUUAGUAUCAAAGGCAUUAUCUCUAUCACCACAAGUUCUCGUGGAAAAGUCAAUGAAGGGCUGGAAAGAAGUCGAAUACGAGGUCAUCAGAGAUAAUAACAAUAAUUGUAUCACAGUCUGUAAUAUGGAAAAUUUCGACCCAUUGGGUGUUCACACUGGUGAUUCUAUCGUCGUUGCACCAUCACAAACUCUUAGUGACGAAGAGUAUCACAUGCUAAGAAUUAACGCAAUUAAAAUUAUCAGACAUUUGGGUGUCGUCGGCGAAUGUAAUAUACAAUACGCUUUGAACCCAGAAAGUUUAGAAUAUAGGGUCAUCGAAGUCAAUGCGCGUCUGUCACGUUCAUCUGCAUUGGCAUCAAAGGCUACCGGGUACCCAUUAGCUUAUACCGCUGCCAAGAUUGCCCUAGGUUUCAAGUUACCAGAUUUACCAAAUCCUAUCACUAAGCUGACCGUCGCAAACUUCGAACCUUCAUUAGAUUAUAUUAUCUGUAAGAUCCCCAAAUGGGAUUUAUCCAAGUUCCAAUUUGUUGAUAACAAGAUAGGUUCCUCCAUGAAAUCUGUCGGUGAAGUCAUGGCAAUUGGCAGAAAUUACGAAGAAGCAUUUCAAAAGGCAUUAAGACAGGUGGACCCUUCGGUAUUGGGCUUCCAGGGCUUUAAAGAUGAUGAAAGGGAUUAUGGAGAUGAUCUAGAUUCCUUAUUAAGUAUUCCAACUGAUAGAAGAAUAUUCGCCAUUGGUGAGGCCAUGCUUCACAAAAAUUAUACAAUCGAAAAAAUUCAUGACUUGACUAAGAUAGAUAAUUGGUUCCUCUAUAAAUUGGAAACAAUCUCUAAUAUGUACCAUAAAUUAAUGGAAGUUAAAAGUUUAGAACAAUUAAAUGAAGUCCUUUUAAGGAACGCCAAGAAAAUAGGGUUUUCAGAUCUACAGAUCGCCAAAUCAAUUGACGUCGCUAGUGUCAGUGAAUGGACUAUUAGAACUUUGAGAAAAUCAUUCAAUAUUGUACCAUAUGUUAAAAGAAUUGAUACUUUAGCUGCCGAAUUUCCUGCCCAAACAAAUUAUCUAUACACAACAUACAAUGCAUCCAAGAAUGACGUAGAUUUUACUUCAACUAAUAGUGACGAAAGCGUCUUGGUCCUAGGUUCUGGCGUCUACCGUAUUGGCUCUUCUGUGGAGUUUGAUUGGUGUGCAGUUAAUACUGUCAAGGAAUUAAGAAACCAGGGUAAGAAAACUGUCAUGAUUAAUUAUAACCCUGAAACUGUUUCCACAGACUUCGAUGAAGUUGACAGACUCUACUUCGAUGAAUUAUCCUUUGAAAGAGUUAUGGAUAUCUAUGAAUUUGAAAAUCCUCUAGGGUGUGUCGUUUCUGUGGGUGGUCAACUACCUCAAAAUAUUGCUCUACCCUUAUUCGAUGCCGGUUGUACAAUCUUGGGAACCAGUCCAGUAGAUAUUGAUAACGCAGAGAAUAGACAGAAAUUCUCUACUAUAUUAAAUUCUAUCAAUGUUGAUCAACCAGCUUGGAUGGAUGCCACCUCAACUGAAGAUGCUUUAAAUUUCGCUGAAAAGGUUAACUUCCCAGUCUUAAUUCGUCCUUCCUAUGUUCUAUCAGGAGCUGCUAUGAGUGUCGUCAGAGACAAAAAUGAACUACAAAAAAAGCUUACCCUUGCCACCAAUGUCUCUCCAGAUUAUCCAGUCGUGAUUUCAAAAUUCAUCGAAAACUCUCAAGAAAUUGAUGUCGAUGCAGUUGCAUACAAUGGUGAAGUUCUUGUUCACGCAAUUUCAGAACAUGUUGAGAACGCGGGUAUUCACUCUGGUGAUGCUUCUUUAGUGUUACCUCCACAACAUCUAACCAUUGAAAUUAAAAGGGAAUUGAAGACUAUCGCGGAUAAAGUUGCUAAAGCUUGGAAGAUCACCGGACCUUUCAACAUGCAAAUAAUCAAGGAAAAUGACAACAGUUUAAAAGUCAUUGAAUGUAAUAUCAGAGCUUCCAGAUCUUUCCCGUUUGUUUCAAAAGUUCUAGGUGUUAAUUUUAUUCAAAUAGCAGUUCAAGCAUUUUUAGGCGGUGAUGCAGUUCCAAAACCAGUUGAUUUAAUGCUCGACAGAGAAUAUGAUUACGUUGCUACAAAGGUACCUCAAUUUUCCUUCACCAGAUUAUCUGGUGCUGAUCCUUACUUGGGUGUUGAAAUGGCUUCAACUGGUGAAGUCGCUGCCUUUGGUAAGGACUUACUCGAAAGUUACUGGACUGCCAUCCAAAGCACUCAAGAUUUUAAUAUCCCAUUAGCACCAAGCGGAAUGCUUUUCGGGGGUGAUCUCUCAAAUGAUAAUUUAGGGAAGAUUGCUCAAUUGGUAGAACCGUUAGGCUACCGAUUAUAUGUCACAAACGCUGCUGCUCAAGAAUACAUUCAAAAGUACAUUUCAAAUAAAGGCAACGUUCAAAUUAUAGAGCUUCCAAGAAGUGAUAAUAGAAAAUUACGUAAAUUAUUCCAAGAUUUCGAUAUCAAAUCAGUAUUCAACUUAACCAAAACCAAGGCGGAAAACGUGGAUGAGGAAGACUAUAUUAUGAGACGAAGCUCUAUUGACUUCGCCAUUCCGUUAUUUAACGAACCCCAAACUGCCUAUCUACUUGCCAAGAGUCUCGUAGCCAACAUUUCCAAGAAGAUCAAAAGUCCUGAUACGGAAGAAUAUACGAUUCCAAGUGAAGUUCGCACUUGGGAUGAGUUUGUUGGAGGUAAACCGAUUUAA